GGGAAAGAGAGGUGGACUCUGUUUAGGCGCGGAUGGUUAACCCGAGCCGCACGAUAUCUAUGUGCUGAAGGCGGCAGCCGUAGGUUAGGAACCUUGGAUUCUCCCUGACCCUGAGGUUAGUGGAAAAUGACAUCUGAACGAGGCGGCUCUGACUCGGCCAAAAGAGCACGUCCGCAACAGGAAACUACGUGAAGGGACUGAAGAGCCAGGAGACCGCGUCUUAGAAAUCCUUUCCGAGAAUGGCAGAGGGCCUAAAAAUGCUUCUCCAAAAACAGUGGAUGAUUGAAAUCGUCUCACUAAUACCGAGUCAGGGGUUGGGGGGGGGGUCAUAGAACUGGCAUCUGCGAAAUUGGCCGCAGCUUAUGAUAGGGGAAUAGUCAUUUAGUCACCUAUAUCAGUUUCUGUUUGUGUCUACAUUAACAAGAAGUAAAAUUUAAGAAUUAAGUGUCGGAGCCGGGGAUUUGGCUCAGCGGCAUAAGUGACUACCGGGCAAACACGAGGUCGUGAGUUUUUGAGACUUCCAAGUAUAAUGACUCAAGCUGAAAUUAAACUGUGUUCUCUGUUGCUACAAGAGCAUUUUGGAGAGAUUGUAGAAAAAAUUGGAGUGCACCUGAUCAAAACUGGCAGCCAGCCACUCAGAGUGAUUGUCCAUGACACAGGAACAUCACUGGAUCAGGUGAAAAAGGCACUUUGUGUCCUUAUCCAGCAUAACCUGGUGAUAUAUCAAGUGCAUAAGCGUGGUGUGGUUGAGUAUGAAGCCCAGUGCAGCCGUGUGUUACGCAUGCUUAGGUUUCCCCGGUACAUCUAUACUACCAAAGCACUUUAUGGUGACACUGGAGAGUUGAUUGUUGAGGAGCUACUGUUGAAUGGCAAAAUGACAAUGUCAGCUGUUGUGAAGAAAGUAGCAGACCGACUCACAGACACCAUGGAAGAUGGCAAGACAAUGGAUUAUGCUGAGGUAUCGAACACUUUUGUGCAACUGGCAGACACACGCUUUGUACAGCGUUGCCCCAUGGUGCAUGCCCCUGAGAAUUCAGAUACCGGACCUCCACCGCCUGCCCCUAGCCUUGUUGUUAAUGAAAAGGACAUGUACCUGGUUCCUAAACUGAGCUUGAUAGGGAAAGGUAAAAGGAGAAGAUCAUCUGAUGAAGAUGCUGCCGAUGAGCCUAAGGCCAAGAAACCAAAACGCACCACAGAUAACAAAGAGCCCACUCCAGACGAUGGUAUUUAUUGGCAGACCAACCUUGACAGGUUCCAUCAACACUUCCGUGAUCAAGCCAUUGUGAAUGCAGUUGCAAACAGGAUGGACCAGACAAGCAGCGAGAUCGUGAGGGCCAUGCUUCGGAUGAGUGAGGUUACUACUUCCUCUGAUGCCCCCUUCACUCAGCCAUUAUCUUCCAAUGAGAUCUUCAGAUCGCUACCCGUUGGCUAUAACAUCUCCAAGCAAGUGCUUGACCAGUAUCUCACUCUGCUUGCAGAUGACCCACUAGAGUUUGUUGGAAAAUCUGGCGACAGUGGUGGAGGAAUGUAUGUCAUCAACUUCCAUAAAGCAUUAGCAUCUCUAGCCACAGCCACUCUGGAGUCUGUCAUACAGGAGAGAUUUGGAUCUCGAUGUGCCAGAAUAUUCCGUCUGGUUUUGCAAAAGAAACAUCUAGAGCAGAAGCAAGUGGAGGACUUUGCAAUGAUUCCUGCAAAGGAGGCAAAGGAUAUGCUAUAUAAGAUGCUCUCAGAAAACUUCAUAUCACUCCAGGAAAUUCCAAAAACACCAGACCAUGCUCCAUCCAGGACCUUCUAUUUAUAUACUGUGAAUGUCCUAUCAGCUGCACGAAUGUUGUUACACAGGUGCUACAAGAGUGUAACCAACUUGAUAGAAAGGCGGCAGUUUGAAACCAAAGAAAACAAGCGUCUACUCGAAAAGUCUCAGAGGGUAGAAGCCAUCAUUGCAUCUGUGCAAGCUACAGGUGCAGAGGAAGCACAGUUGCAAGAAAUAGAGGAGAUGAUCACAGCCCCUGAGCGUCAGCAGCUAGAGACCUUGAAGCGUAACGUCAACAAGUUGGAUGCCAGUGAGAUCCAGGUAGAUGAAACCAUCUUCCUGCUGGAGUCAUACAUUGAGAGCACCAUGAAGAAACAGUGACCCAGAAGCAUCUUCCUCAGAAUACCUGAGGGACAGAAAGACAAAGGAGGUGCCCCAAUACAUUCUCUGCAGUGAGAGAAGUUUCAGGUUCUUGUUGUGAAACUCUCUAACCUUACUGCUCAGUAUCCACCUGAGAGUUUGAAACAGCGUGGUAGUACAUGCAUAUGAUCCCAGCACUCUUAAAAAGCUAUGGCAGGAGGAUCACAAGUUUGUACCCUGGUAGGCAGCUUUCUAACCUAUGAGACCCUGUCUCAAAAUAUAAAAAGGAUAAAAAAGCUGGGAGUGUAGCUCUGUGAAAGUCCUGUGUUGAAUCUCCAAUACCACAAGAAGAGAGAGAAAAAAAAUUUUGGCUUUUUCUUUUUUGGGGGGGGGCACUACUUGAGAUUCACUGUGCUCUACCACUAAGCUGUAUUCACAGCCUCUCAGAUAAGGCUCACUAUUCCUUUUUUUUUUUUUUUGUCUUUUUCGUUUUAAUCGGUACCAGGAAUCGAACUCACAACUGCCUGCUUACAAGGCAGGCGCUUAUGCCGCUGAGCUAAAUCCCCAGCCCCAAGGCUCACUAUUCUUGAAAUCAUCCUCCUGCCUUAGCCUCCUAGUGAUGAGAUUAUGAGUAUGCACAACUAUGCCUACCUCUUUGUAUUUUGAGACCUGUGUGUUGGUAAGUUGCUCGUGCUGACCUCAAACUUGGAGGAGUCCUCUUGCCUCAGCAUCACAAGUAGCUGAGAUUAAGAGUUUACCAUUUUUUUUAAGUUGGUUGAUUCUGGGUUAGGCCUACAUCUAGAGUAUUUUCCUCUCACCAAAUUGUGGCAAUGGGAAGAACCUUAAAUCGAUGAGACACAUCUGUUCUCCUCAGUCAACCAGGCUUUAUUGGAACAUCCCUCACAGUAGAAAACUUGUUCUUAAGCUGUCAGUCAGUUCCAUUUUCAAGUCUGUGCCUGUUCUUUAUUUUUGCUGAACUGUGGUGUUUUCACACACACACACACACACACACACACACACACACACACACAGAGUGAGAAAUGUAAGACUGCUGUGGAAAAGGGAGAAAACUGAUUCUCAGGAGUAGGAGGUGGAUUGGCUGAACAGUCACAGUGGAAUCUGUGGAUAGAAGACACAUCUGCCAGUUCCAGGCUUCUACACACCUGAACUCACAUAUGUAGAAUAUUUAACACAGUGUCCGACAUACAAGCACUCAAUGAACUACUGAUUUCCUCAUCUCUACUAUUGCCUUAAAAGUGGCAAUUCCGCAUUUUCUUUCAAGAUCAUGGAUAUAGUUUUUCCCAGCAGGUUCAAUUCAUUUAAAGCAGUUAGGUGUUGUUCAGUUCCCUCAUACCAAAUUCGUUGCAAUUCUUUAAACACUUGAGUGUCAAGUAACUGUCACCAUACUGAAACACAAUACACAGCUGGGGAUUUAGCUCAGCGGCACAAGCGCCUGCCUUGCAAGCGAUGCAUUUGUGAGUUGGAUCACAAUACACAAAAUAAGUGAGAGGCCAACUCUACCCUUAAACCAUGUGCUAUCAUUGAGUCAGGACCUAUUAUGUAUCAAAUACUAUGCCAGCUCUUGGGGAUCCAAAGAUGAAUAUGCCUUGAGCAUACAACCUAAAGAAAAGAUGGAAGCACAAGUAUUACGCAGCUAUAGUGGAAGAGUAAGUACUAGGUUCAGAGAGGCAGGAAAGAAAAAGAAUCCACAAAGAAAGGAUAAAAGUGCCCAAGCUGUGCCUGGUGACUCAGACCUCUAAUCCCAGCACUGUAGAAGCUGAGGCAAGAGGAUCAUGAGUUCAAGACCAGCUUGAACUACUUAUCAAGACCCUGUCUGAAAAACGACAGUUUGGCCAGUAAUACAGCUCAGUGGGAGGCACAACACCUACCUGGAAAGCACAAGGUUGUGAGUUCAAUUUCCAGUACAAAAUAAGACAAUCUAUAAUUUGAAAAAAGAGGAUCUUUGAGAGGAAAGGGGAAAAGAAUCCCAGAAGCGAACAGCUUGACUCUUGGGACAACUACAAAUAGUGUUCAACUAAAAAUUAGGGUAAGGGCCUUUCCAGAAUCGAGGCUAGAGAAACAGACAGCAAGGCCUUGGCCACAAUUUGCUAGGGAGGUUACCUUAUUCUAAGCAAUGAGGAGUGGGACUGACACAAUCUGCAAAAGCAGAUGUAUACCUAAAGUGACAGCACUUCCCUGAAUUGGCAGGGGCAGGGCUAUCAAGACUUAUAAACAUGAGAAAGCCUUGAACAAGAGCAAUGGAGACUGAAAUCAGGCAGGAUUUGAGAAAGUUCUAAGGUUUAAAUCUUCAACAGUUGUGUGCCUUUUGAGACAAAAGAGGUCUGGUGUGUUAAAUUAAUGGUCAACUUGGAACACCCAGCUGAACUGAAUCAGCAUGGUGCUGGGUGUAGAAGGCCCAUCUGAUCAUUGUUACCAACACCAUAAAAGCAGAACUGGACGGAAAGAUGAUGUGCUGUUGAUUCUCCUGAAGAAGCUUGUGCUGGUUUUCCUCAUACAAAACAUGACUGCUCUCGGAGGAGCUCUAGUCCUUGCUGUCAAUGAGGAUGGCUGCAGUCUCUUUGAGGGCGCUCUGGUCCUUACUUUGAUCAUCACUUCCGGCUUCUAGUGAAGAUCCCUCAACCUGCUGGUGCAGAUCUUUCAUCCUGCUGGUGCAGACCCUCUGGCUUCUACCACUGACCUUUGGGCCUUCCGGAUGCAGAUGCUUGACACAGACUUGUAUGAGACGUUGUCAUGGGCCCUAGGCUUUCAGCUGCACUCAUGCAGGACAUUGCCAUGGGAUCCAGGCCUUCAGCUGGAUUCUUUAAGUCUCUAAAGAACAGAACUCCUGACCUCCACAUUUGACUUCUUGGGUGAAUAUUAUAAAGUAAGCCUAUAAAUUA